AUGGAAGCUGCCAGAAAAACCAAUAGCGCUCAAGCUCUUCAACUUUGUCAACACCAAGUCAUUGCUUUCGAUAGCAAAUGGGAAGCCAUUCCACAUGAGCAGUUAAAUCUCGCUUCAGCUGUUUCCAUGGCUUCUGCUCCUUCAAAACCAAAACUCAUCAUUUUCCUUCUCGACGAAAAGAACGAGUAUUUGAAUACUUUUUUGUCAGAGUAUCAAAUUCCAUCCAAUCAUGUAAGCACGACUCAGGAACCCUUCCUUCGGAAACCCAUGUGUCUCAUCGAGCAAGCUCGUGAAGGAUUUGAUGAAUAUUUCAAUUACCUCAAAAAACAUGAAUUGAUCACUUCGUUGAAAGGACAUGAUCAUUUUGUGGAACGGUGGUCUCAAUUCUCAAUUCAUCACAAGCAACAAGGACAAGAUGACCAAGUUUCUCAUUACACCAUGUUCAUCGUUAUUCUCAACGAUGGAAGUUUUCCAUUGUGUGACAAUUCAACUCCUUCCAUGCAAUACGAAGUCCUGGGAACUCUUGCAUUCUGCGUCAAGACUGUCGUUGUGGACGGCGUUAAAACCAGAACAGGUGUGACUGGAUCUGGUUGGGUUCCUCCAAAAUUUCGUGCUGUCCAUGAAGCUAAAUUAAUUCCAUGGUUCCUGCAUUUGCACAUGUUGAAGGAAUUAGGUGUUCGUUAUUUCUAUGCGCAUGUCUUUGAGGAAAAUACUCGUUGUUUGGGAUUUGUGGAAAAGACUGGAUUGAUUCCUUCUCGUUUUCGAAUGAACUUCAUUGGUGUGAAUGUACCCUUGUUGAAGAUGGAUUCGAACGAUCAAUUCCAUUCCAUAAGAAGAAUCGAAACUGUGGAAGAAUAUGACUCGUUCAUGAGAGGAUUGUAUGGCGCUGGAAAUUUCAUGCUCGAUGAUUUGAGCCAUGUCUUCAAUCAUCCAAACUUUGAAGGAUGUUAUGUCGAUCCAGUGAAUGACUUGACAUUCCAAUUAUGGAAAUGUAAAUAUGCUCAACAUGCAAAGAGUAAGGAAACCUAUCCAGCUUAUAUGAUCAUUAACAUGACUCGAUCGACAAGUGUCCAAGAUGUCUCAAAGGAACAAUUGGAUUUGAUCGAGAGAGCCCUUCAGAGUGAAAUUUUACCAAAACUCGUCGAGUCAUCUCAGGAAUUGAACCCACUCGUCACAAAUACCGAUAAAUGUGGAGUGUUCUAUGUGACCAAUAGCGCACCCAUGAAGGCCUUACUGUGUGAACGUCACGAGCAGAAUCCUCAAUAUGCCUAUCGUGAAAAACAAAAAGAAUCUGCACCUCCAAAAUCAGAAGCCAUUUGGAAUUUCGUGAUGGGAGAAGUGGAAUCAACCAAGAAUUUGAAUCUAUAUAUGGAUCCUCGAGAUUGUACUAGUAAACCAUUGGUGUGGAGUGAGGAAAUGAGAACAGCCAUCUUUUCCCAAGAAGUGUCAAGUCCUAAACCUGUUCGCAAAUCGGUGGGAACUAGCAGCACAAGUACAUCUCCAGUUGUGGAAAAGAAGGAACAACCUGUUGCGACACAAGAUCAGGCAGUGGAUCAAGCCUAA